UACUUCUCUUUCUCCCCUUUCUCUGUGCUAUCAAAUUCCAGCUAAUGAGAUCGCACCCAAAUACAAACAAAACAAAGAAUCUCAACGCGGAAACCCUAAAUCAACAUUAAAAUUCUCGAGAGAUCCUUGUCUUCGAAUCGCGACCCCUUUCGAAAAUCAAACCGUUUGGAGUUCCGGUUAGGUGUUCAGGCUCGUGAUCGAGUUUUGGUCGAAAUUAGGGAAAAAGUCGUCUUUCCUUUGCUGGGCUUUAAGGUGUCGUGGAAAAUGGUUGGGAGAAACCUUUGGCCUUGGAAUAAAAGAAAAUUACGUUUUCGAGCUUGGUAAUUACUUUUUUUGGGGGGGGUGAGAUUUACCCUUUUUUAUUUGAAUUUUUCUCGUUGAAUGAUUUCAUUAGGGAGUAACGAUGCGAGGAAGGGGCUAGGGUUAGAGUUUGGUGGAAGAAAAAUGGAAGAGGCUGAGCUUGAGGAAGGAGAGGCUUGCUCCUAUAAUAACAUUAACGAUGAUUAUGAUGCGUCCACUGAUCCCAAGGCUGAUUUAUCUUCUCUCGCUUACAUAGAUGAGAAAAUUCAACAUGUUUUGGGACAUCUUCAAAAAGAUUUUGAAGGUGGAGUUUCUGCAGAGAAUCUGGGGGCAAAGUUUGGUGGUUAUGGAUCAUUCUUACCGACUUAUACACGUUCACCUAGCUGGCCUCAUCCAAAGAGCCCAUCAAGUCAGGGCUGCAAUGCAUCCAGAUCUCCAAAAAGCAUGGCAUUGGAGGAUGUCCAUCAUAACUCGACGUAUUGGGCAAGUGGUUCACAGACACGGAAUGCUGGACCACCACCUAUAAAUUUUGGAACCCUCCCUGCUUUGAAGGCGUCGUCUGCGAAUGAUUCAAUUGAACAAGUGGUCAGCAUAACACCUGGUGGUGCUGAUGAGCUUGCCUCUAGGUGCGAACCUGCAAACAAGAAAGCUGCCAAUAUGCCAGACCAGAAAAUAUUGAAGGUGCGAAUCAAAGUGGGGUCAGACAACUUAUCCACAAAAAAGAAUGCUGCAAUCUACAGUGGUCUUGGCCUUGAUGUCUCACCAUCUUCCUCCUUAGAUGAGAGCCCUUCAGGAAGUAAAGGGAUGUAUCAAGAGACUCAAGGGCCAUUGUUUGAAUCUCCAACCAGUAUUCUUCGAUUUAUGACUUCCUUCCCAGUAGCUGGCGAGGCACUACUAUCACCUCUCCCGGAUCAUCUUCUUAACUUGAUUGUAAAGGAAAAAGUUCCAAAAGAGAAUGAAUCUGAUUCUGGAAAUGGUGAUGAAAUAUUGUUGGAGGCAAGAAAGCGAAGUCGGUGGGGAAAAAUGAUUUUCCUGCAGAAAGGAAGAGUAACAAUAACAGGGAAAAGGAAUGACAUUGGUGCUGUGUCAAAGAAGGAAGUAGAUAUCGAUGAUGUAGCUGAGGAGUUGGUGGAGUCAAGAUUUGUCCAAGAGAUUGGCCUGGAGAGUCCAAGGGCUGGCUUAGCUCGAAAGGUUUUGGAGGAACAAAAGACAAGUCCUUUGGGUGAUAUUUCAGGUUGUGUGAAAAAAUGUGGGUAUAAUAAUGCAGAAAAAACUUAUUAUUCUGUCAAAGCUGACGCUAAUACCCUCAAAGGUAGCAAAGCUCUAGAUAGUGAAGUGGUAGAUCCUCCCAAUCAGGCCAUCCAGAGAGUUACGCAUGAGCAAGCCAAUAUGAAGUUGCCUUCUGCAAGGGAGCAUGCCUCGUCUGGUGGAAAAAGAAAAUCGAAAGGUAGUCACAGUAAUGGUGGUUUAGAUGCCGAGGGAGCAAAAGAAAGCUCGAGGGUGGGUUCGUCUUUGUUGCCGAAUAAUAAGCAGACUGUUUAUGUGAACAGUGAUACUAACAAAAAGGAAAUAGGGGGCAAAAAACUUGAGAGUUCAUUUCAAAAGGCUGAAGAUAUGUAUAGAGAUGUCUUUGGAGAUAUCGGAGAAUCAGAACAAGAAGAGAACCAAGCAAAUUCUUUGGAAAUUCUUUCUAAAGAUCGGCCGAAGAUAGCUGAUAAGAUUGAAAAAAGCACAUCGGCCAUAAACAAUGGACGUGGUGAUAGACUAAGUGGUAAGAAAAUUGAGGGUGUAAGUGUAUUUGCAACUGGAUCGUGCCCCAGAGCAACUAUGGGUGCACAUUCUAACUCUGCUGAUAAGAAUGUUUCUGGAACUUCCCUUGCAACUGCUUCUCCUGUAUUGAUAAAAGAAAAUUGGGUUUGUUGUGAUAAAUGCCAAAAGUGGCGCCUUCUCCCAAUAAUCAUAAACCCGUUUGACUUACCUGAGAAGUGGUUGUGCAGCAUGCUUAACUGGCUGCCUGCAAUGAAUAGCUGCAGUGUUGAGGAGGAAGAAACUACAAAAGCUGUUUUUGCAUUGUAUCAUGUUCCUGCUGUAGAGAGUCAAACUAAUCUGCAAAGUAAUCCUGUCAAUAUCAUGCCUAUAUCAGCCUCAUCUGAUGCCCUGCAAGCUGACCAACACCAACUAAGGCUAGGUUCACAUUCCAUGCUCCCUGGUGGAUGGAAGAAACAUGCUUUAAAGGAAAUAUCAAAUGCAACAGAUAAAGAUGGGCCGAUUUUUAUGAAGAACAUGCAGUUAUCAGUCCAAUCUGGAAGCCUGACUGAUGUGUCUCGAUCUCCUGUUGUUGGGGAGCCAGCUCUAAAGCCUCUAAUUAAAUGUGAUUUACCUGUUGAGAAACACAAAAUUAAUCAGAAUGAGAAGCAUAAAUUGUCUGAACACAGUUGUGAUGGAGGUGAUACAAAAACUUCAAAGAUGAAAGGCAAAAGGAUCCCUGAUCAAGAUUCUUUAAGGGCCUCCAAGAAAAUUAAGGGUGAAACUUUGCAUCUUGCUGACGAAGAUUGGAUGUUUGACCAUGCUGGCAAAGUUGGGCCUAGCACAUUGGAGGGAAAGGAUCAGCCUAAACACAAUCAACUUUUUUCUUAUAAGGAUUCAAAGUCUGAUAAGGACGGGCAACAGGUCCCUGACAAAAGACUAAAGGAUAAAGUUCAGGUUUCCUUAACUGAUGGUCCAUUGGAUCCAAUGAAUUGUGAUGGUGUGGAAGCUUCAAGAAAGAGGAAAGAUGAUGAACGUGCGAGUAAUCCCCUCCAGGAUAACAGCAUUUUUGUGAAGGAAGAGUUCUGUGAGAAUGAAAACAGGAGGGAAAAGAAGGCCAGGGUAUCCAAAUCUGGAGGGAAGGAUUCUUCUGCUACUAAAAGCAGUGGGAAACUAGAGAAAAAUAGUAAACAUAAACAGAAGCACCUAAGUGGGCAAGAUCUAGGUAGUUCUCUGUCUCAACGGGACUUAGAUGGUAAGGAUUCAUUGAAAACAAUGAAAAGGGAUUCGGGAUCUGCCCAACCUUCUUUAGCUUCUACCUCAAGCUCAUCUAAGGUUUCUUGUUCAAAUAAAUCAAAACCUGGCUUCCAUGAAACAAAAGGCUCAUCAGUAGAAUCAGUUUCCUCAUCUCCCAUGAGAAUUCCUAAUCUUGAUAAACUUCCAUUGACAAGGAACGUUGCAGGGAAAGAUGAGUACUGUGAUACUGACCUUUUUGCUUUAGAUUGUCCUAGAAGAUGUUCAGAUGGUGAAGAUAAUGGUAAGAAUGACAAGUCAGGGACAGUAAGGAAGGAAAAUACUUCAGCUGCAGCACGACUUGAUAGUCAGGAUAAGGAUGGUGAUCAAUUAGGUAGUAGUAAAGCUAAGGCACCAAUUAAACCUUCCCCUGAUACCGGAAAAUGGCAGUUUGUGAAUGGCGCUGAUGAUUAUUUAGGCCAAGAGGUCCAAUUUUCUGGUAAAUCAACGACAAUAAAUGAACACCAGGAUGAGGAAGACUAUGGCACUGCCAAUGUCUCUCAUCCAAGAAAAUCAGGCAAAGGGUCUUCACGGUCAAAGGACAAGAGUUGUAAUUUUAAAUCUGGUUUUGUUGAUGUACAACAAGAUCAUGUGCCUUCAUAUGACAUGAAACCUAGGGACUGUAGAAAUCAAUUUCUGGAGAGCACUGGAGUGAAACCUAAUGAAAUUGAGAAAAGAUUUGUCGAAAAUAAAGAACCUUUGGGGAAAUUGUCUGGUGAGAUUGGUAAAAGAGAGAAUCAAUCAAAUGGUCGGUCAGAUGCUAAACUGCUUGCCACUGGAGGUCAAGAAGAAGAAUAUACAAAGAGGUUUCACUCUAAAAACGCUGAUCAUGCAGAAAUUGCUUCUGAGAGAGGGAAAUCACUAUCACUACCACCCUCUGGAGGAACUCAAAAUGAGAUGCUGACUCGUCAUCCCAAUGCCCUUUCUGGGUCCCAAAAGGGAAAUGGAUCUGGUGGGUCUCAAGCUCAUGAUGCACUCAAGGUACAGAGACAAAUAAAGAAAGCUGAUUGUCAAAGUGGGAGUCAGCAGAAUAAUUCUAGACAUACUACAGCAGGUGGACGUAUCGGGGAUGUUGGUGCCCCUAGUCCAAUGAGAAAGGAUUCCUCAAGUCAGGCAGCUACCAAUGCCUUGAAGGAGGCUAAAGAUCUAAAGCACCUGGCUGAUCGUAUGAAGAAUUCUGGAUCAAAUGCGGAGAGCACAGCACUUUACUUCCAGGCAGCACUGAAGUUUCUUCAUAGUGCUUCUCUACUAGAAUCUUGCAACAAUGAGAGUAUCAAACAUGUGGAAAUUUAUAGUAGCACUGCAAAACUAUGCGAGUUUUGUGCCCAUGAAUAUGAGAGAUUGAAGGAAAUGGCUGCUGCUUCUUUGGCCUACAAGUGUAUGGAGGUGGCUUAUAUGAGAGUUAUCAAUUCCUGUCAUGCCAAUGCUAGUAGAGAUCGGCAUGAGUUGCAGGCAGCUUUACAAAUGAUUCCUCCUGGUGAGUCUCUUGCUUCUGAUGUUGAUAACAACCAACCAACAUCAGCAGACAAGGCUGCUUUUCCAAAAGGUGUUAGUUCUUCCCAGAUUGCCAAAAGUUAUGUUAUUUCUUCUCGAAACCGUCCUAACUUUGUUCGGUUGCUGAAUUUUACACAGGAUGUAAAUCAUGCAAUGGAAGCUUCAAGGAAAUCACGAGCUACUCUUGCGGCUGCCAGUUCAAGUUUGGAAGGGGCUAAAAGUGGGGAGGCUAUAUCAUCUGUGAAGAAAGCUCUUGAUUUUAGCUUCCAAGAUGUAGAGGGAGUGCUACGUUUGAUACGAGUGGCAAUGGAAGCUAUUAGCCACUAAGGAAAAAUCUGGUCGGUAAGGAUGGUUGUGUACUGGCAGGAAAUUUUGUUUUGAUGGUUUAUCCUAGGCUAUGAAGAUCUAGAUCUGACAAAGAAGAGGGGUGGGCAACUUCUUCCUGCUUUGAUCUUGAACACUUUCCAAGCUUGCAAGGGCUUUUUUAACACUCACUGUACAUGUGUGCUAUACAAGACAAAUCUGGGAUUUUCAGUACAUUUUUUCACAAGCUUCAACUGCUUUCUGACAUGGAACAAGCUUUAAUUUCCUUCUUGAGAUGGUAUUUAGGAUACAGGAUUAAUAAGGUUUAUAUGCAAGAUCGAUCUAAGCUGUAUAAAUUAUACUAAAAAAGAAGUGUUUGAAGAAAUAAUUGUGUAAAUAUGGAGAUGACAAUUGUAGAUUGAGGUGGAUUGGUAGAAUUUUGUGCUCAUUGUUCCCCAACGGCUGUUUUAGUUCACCUGACAUAAAUUUAUCCAUGCUAUAAUAGUUAGAGACCUAUUUAGCACAAUACUGGAAUAUGCAGCAGCGCUUGUUUUCUCAGUUCAGACACUAUGAAGCAGAGCAUUGUAGUUGGCAGUCGCAGGUCAGCUGUUGCAGUCUGUCAUUGUAUAUACUUGUGAUUGGGAGAAAAUAUAUGGGGAAAAAUUGGUGGUUUUAAAGGUGUCUGUGGAUUGUAGCAAGCAUUUUUGUCCGUGGGAGAUCAUUCUAUCAUGUUAAAGGUGGCCUUCUUGAUGCUGAUAGGUUGAAUAAGCCGCGCAGUUGCAUAAGAAGCAAGCUGGUUGUGGAUCAAAACAUUGUAGCAAAAUGGGGACUUAACCUUACCUUUAUUUCAUUGCAAACUAUCUACGCAUCUCCAGGUGUCGUUUCUAUAACAAAAUUUUGAACUUCUCACAGCUUUUCUUCUGUGUAUAUAGCAAUGACAUCUGUUUCAGCUAUUUGUCAAUAAAACUGGGGUUUUUUUUAUUAUUGU